AUGGCAUAGAGUCUCAAUCCAAAUAAUGAGAAAGCUUAUUCUGAUAACAAUAGUUUUUGCCUUAUUACUAUAGUUAAUUUUUUUCUAUUUUUAUCUAAUUUGCAAAAGUACUAAUAUGCAACGAUAAACCAUUUAACAAUUAAAGGUAUUUUUUACAUGUAAAAUAUUAAAUAGCCGCCAUUUUACUAAAAUAUAAGAAAUAUGCACAUGCAAUUUAAUACUUCAACAAUGUAAUCAUUCUAAACCAUAGGAACAACGAAGAUCUAGAAAAACAAAGGUUUAAACGUGUAAGAUUAUUGGCUUUUACCCUGAAUAUUAAAAAAAUAAAAUAUAAAUUAUUAAGCAAUCUUUCUUAACAAGAUGCUAUUAAAUAAAAGUGCAAAUGUAUUUUUAGUUCUAAUAUUAAGCUUACACAUUACUGGUUUUAAAAAGAAAAAAGGAAGCACAAUGA